AUGCAUUAUCACGAGAAAGGAAGUAACAAUGUAAACGUUCAAAGAAGGUUUAUAUCAUUGCGACCAGAAGAAAGAAGAUACUUACCACUUACCACAGCUAGAGAUAAACCAGAGAACGAGCAUGCACCAAAGACAGUAGACCAGGAAAGACCAUAUCAGCAGCAGCAACAGCAGCAACAAAACCAGCACCAUAGAGAAACCAAAGAACGAACGCCACCAACAGAGACUACCAAGACAGUAGACCAGGAAACAUCAGAUUAUCAACAACAUCAACAACAACAACAGCAGCAAUACCAGCAGCAACAGCAACACCAGCAGCAACAGCAACACCAGCAGCAACAGCAAUACCAGCAGCGUAGAAAACCCGAAGAACGAGUGACACCAGAGACCAGACAAAGACUAACAAAGCAACUGCCAGAGAUGAAGGCCAAAGAAGCAGUUACCAGACAUAAUAAACCAUAG